AUGGGAGGCUGCCGGAAAAAGAACGAUGCGCCAGAGGCAAAAGGAGCUGUUUUCCUGAGGAGGAAGAUCACUCUCACCCGGGCCAUUGCUCUGGCCGUUGGCACCAUGGUGGGCAGCGGCAUCUUUAUUUCUCCCAAAGGCGUGCUGCAAAACUCGGGCAGUGUCGGGGCCUCCUUAAUGGUAUGGCUGGCUUGCGGAAUCCUUUCUCUCUUUGGUGCUCUGGCCUACGCAGACCUUGGAACCAGCAUCACGAAGUCCGGGGGCCAUUACAUUUACCUUCUGGAAACGCUCGGGCCUUUGCCGGCCUUCCUGAGGCUCUGGGCUGAGUUUGUGAUGAUCCGCCCUGCGAAUAUGGCUGUGGUGUCUUUGGCUUUUGGUCGCUACUUAAUUGAGCCUCUCUUUGCCCCGUGCCAUGCUCCUGCCUUGGCUGUGAAACUCAUCACUACAACGGGAAUCACCUUAGUCAUAGUUCUGAACUGCUGGAGCGUGAGCUUGUCUGCAAACAUACAAACAGCCCUCACAGCCCUCAAGAUGGUCACCGUAGGCCUGAUCAUCGUUCCAGGGAUGAUGGCUCUUGGCAACGGCCACUAUGAAAAUUUCCAGGAAAGUUUUGACACAAGUACUCUGACGUUGGACAAGCUGCCUCUCGCUUUUUAUUCUGGAAUGUUUGCCUACGGAGGGUGGUUCUAUGUAAACUUUGUAACAGAGGAAAUUGUAAAUCCUACACGGAAUAUCCCACUGAGCAUUAUAGUGUCUCUAAUUGUUGUCACAGUGUGUUACAUCCUGACAAAUGUGUCUUACUACGCGGUCCUGACACCCCAAGAAAUUCUCAGCUCCGAAGCCGUAGCUGUGAGCUUUGCUGACAAGGCUUUCCAGAGUAUCUCCUCGGUGCUUCCCAUCCUUGUAGCUUUGUCCUGUUUUGGUGCUCUGAACGGAGGAAUCUUUGCCUCUUCAAGGAUGUUGUUUGCUGCUGCAAGAGAAGGACAGUGGCCAACUCUCUUCUCCAUGAUCCACAUUCAAAGACACACUCCACUGCCAGCUCUGCUAUUAAUGUUGCCACUGAUCUAUGUGAUGGUGUCCAUUGGUGACAUCUAUGGCCUGCUGAACUUCUACAGUUUCUCACGAUGGUUCUUCCUAGGACUGGCUACACUGGGACUCAUGGUACAUCGCUAUCGUCAUCCAGAGUUGCCAAGACCCUUUAAGGUGCCACUGGUCUUCCCACUGGUAUUCACCAUAACGUGUUUCUUCAUUGUGGGGACAUCUCUGUAUUCAGAUCCUUUCAACACCAGCAUUGGUUGCGCUGUCACUCUUUCUGGCUUGCCUGUCUACUAUCUGGUGGUUCAGAAAACUAGAAUACCAGGCUGCUGCACAUCAACGUUCAACUCCAUGACAGCAAAACUGCAGAUCCUGAUGAGAGUGACGCUCCAGGAAGUCCAGACUUAUUGA